AUGCAGCGAAUGCUCUUUGUUUUCCUCGGGCUUGCAUGCCUAUCUGCCGCUGUACACUCAGAGCCAACCCCAGCUGACGCUCUAAACUUUGUUAAAGGAUUACUUUCAGGUCUUCAAGCAAAUCCAGAAAUUGAAGGGACCUGCCAAACCCAACUCAACUCAGAAUCUGCUUUGGUCCAAGAAAUCGUUUCUAAGACUCUUUAAAUAAUACCAAAAUAUUUUUAUAAAAAAAAAAAUUUUGCCUUGGGUUCGCCUUUCUAACUUCCAAAGCAUUCUUCAUUUCAACUUUGAAGACACCCAGACCCUCAUUACAAAUCUCAAAGCCUUUGCCAGCAGCCUCCACCAGAUCGCACCAGCCUGCAACCUUGAAGCCUUAGAAAAGCAACUUAUCCAAAUCUUGAACCCAAGCACUGGCCUUUCCAUCUUAAUGACCAACUAUUUCAAGCACUCCUCAGAAAUCCACGCUGACAUGAAAGUCCUGACCGCUUGCAGUGCUGAUUAUGCAGUCUGUGGCCAAUCCUUAGGUAACGCAAUCCAACUUUUGGUAGGCUGGACCCUUACAGCUGGAGCCAACCCAACUCCUAACUAUGACUUCUUCAACGGCUUAUUGGCUGGGCUUGCCAAGAACGGAGUCUCCAAAUGUGUGGCUGACUUCACUGGACUUGAACCUCAGUUCACCCAAAUUUCCAACUAUAUCAAAAAGCUUGAAGGUGGCGACAUUUUCGUCCUCCAUACUAUGCUUAACUUGGUCGUUAAGAUUGAAGAUGAAAUUUUCAGCUGGAACGCUGACUGCAACUAUACAGCUUUAAUUGCAAUUCUUAAAGGACUUGGAACUCAAAGCGGAACUAACCAAGUAGUCACUAACUAUUUACUCCCUCAAGCAGGUUUUUUUUUGUUAAUAAUUUUCUAUAAAAAAUUUUUUUUAUAUAAGACUUUUAUUAGGCCCAACUCGUGGGUGGGGAGUUACAGAGCUUUUCCACUAUUAACAACGACUUCUUGUCACUUGGAAAUGGAAAGUGCGAAAGCCCUUAUGAAUGUGGCCACAACCUUGGAGAAGGAAUCCGCUUACUUCUUGGAUGGGGAAUUUAA